AAAACAAAAAGAAAACAGUGCUUCAUCCAAGUAAAUUAAAUACUGUGAUUGUGAUGAACUUAAAGUUAGUGGCAGAGUUACCUAUAAUGGCCAUGAAAUGAAUGAGUUUGUACCUCAAAGAACUGCAGCAUACAUUAGCCAGAAUGAUGUUCAUAUUGGAGAAAUGACUGUGAGGGAAACCUUGGCUUUCUCAGCAAGGUGUCAAGGGGUUGGUUCAAGAUUCGACUUGCUUUCUGAACUAACAAGACGAGAGAUAGCAGCAAAAAUUAAACCCGACCAAGAUAUCGAUAUAUACAUGAAGGCAACAGCAUCUGAAGGCCAGGAAGCAAACCAGAUGAUAACAGAAUAUAUACUAAAGAUCUUGGAUUUAGAAAUAUGUGCUGAUACUCUAGUAGGGGAUGAAAUGUUGCGCGGUAUAUCCGGAAGACAAAGAAAGCGUGUUACCACAGGGAAGAUGUUGAUUGGUCCGGCGAAAGCUUUGUUCAUGGAUGGCAUAUCUACUGGGCUAGACAGCUCCACAACUGUUCAAAUCAUGAAAUGCCUUAGACAAAUUGUUCAUAUUCUAAAGUGAACUGCAUUUAUAGCCUUAUUGCAACCAGAGCCAGAGACAUAUGAGCUUUUUUCAUUAAAACAAGAUGCUACAUUUUUCAAUUUUUCUUGCAGCUUUUCCUAUUAAAGCGUGGAGGGCAAGAAAUUUAUGUCGACCCAUUAGGCCGUCAUUCUUACCAACUCAUCAACUAC